AUGCUUUCCGAUGCUUGCAGUUCAUUUGUUUUUUUAUUCGUGAAUGACGUAUGCAAAUACAAAGCUUUAUCCUCUUUCUAUAUUUUAUUUUUAUUUCUAUCUUCUUCUAUCUCUUUCUCCUCUUUACUUUUAUUUAUCUCGCAAUCAUGUUUUCUCUUUAUGAUCUUUUAUUCUCUCUUCUUUAUUUCUCUUGAUCUUUUUUCUACACUUUCUUAUUCUUUUUUUUCCUUCAUAAUUUUUAUCAAACAUUUUCUCUAUGUUGGGUUUGUCUCCCUUUAUUUUCAUUUAUUCUUAUUUCUUUCUUUCGUUUUUCUUUCUUUAGUUUUUCUUUCUUUCUCCUAUUUCUCAAAUCUCCUUUGCAUAUUGUGUUUACAUCAUUAUAACGACCGAAUCUUCUCUUUCUACCACUGUCCCCCCCUCUCUCUCUCUCCCUCCCUCCCUUGCUUUAUUUUUCUUUUUUCAACUCUCACUAAAAUUCAUUUUCCCGCCAUCUUACCGUGUUUCUCUCUGUGCAUCAUUACACCUUCUUUUAACUUUUCUCAUGUUUUCACCUUCCUUUUAUCACCUUAUCUGCAGAAUUCACGGAACAAUCUGUCCUACUCUCUCUCUCUCUCUCUUUCUCUCUCUCUCUCUCUCUUUCUUUCUCUCUCUCUCUCUAUCUCAUUCGCUCUCUCCCUUUCUCUCUCUUUGCCUCCUUCACUUUCUUUGCCGCUUCAUUCUCUUUGCCUCCAUCUCUUUCUUUGCCACCUUCUCUCUUUUUGUCUUCUUCUCUCACUUUGCUUCCUUCUCUCUCUUUGCCUCAGCCUGCAAAAUGUGCAGGCAGAUGCAAUUGCAAAACAUACACGUGUAACCGAGUUCAGGUCCAAUCAUAGCUUCUGA